AUGCCCGAUGUUGCUGAAGCCCAAGUUUUCCCCGUCUUGAAGGGUAAGGUCGCAAUCGUUACUGGUGCGGCUCAGGGAAUGGGAAGGGCUACAGCCGAGAUCUUUCUAAAAGCUGGAGCCAAGGUUGUCAUGUGCGACAUCAAGGAAAAGGAAUGCCAGGAAGUUGCUGAGGAGCUCUCCCGGCUAGGCGAUGUCAUAUUCGUCAAAGCUGAUAUAUCGAAAUCUGCGGACGUACAGAAUCUCGUGAAUAAGACUGUGGCCGAAUUCGGUAGAUUGGAUGCUGCGGUCAAUAACGCUGCCCUAACUCCUGAUAGUACGCCACUCAUUGACUUCGACGAGGACUAUUGGAAUAAAAUCAUGAACGUCGACUUGACGGGUCCAGCUCUCUGUUGCAAGUAUGAAAUGCAGCAGAUGAUCAAGCAGGGAGGGAAAGGAACAAUUGUCAACAUCGGUUCAGUUAAUUCAUUCAAGCCUCAACCCAGGAUGCCAGCAUAUACAUCAGCAAAACACGCUAUUAUUGGUUUGACGAAACAUGCAUCAAUUGAAGGGGGACCUCAUGGUAUCAGAGUUAAUGCCAUUGCUCCCGGACCCAUCUAUUCUAAAAUGAGCGCCGAUGCCUUGAUAACCAUGGGAACUACCGAAGAAGAAUUCGUCCGUCAAGCCACCACCUUGUUCCGAUUUGGCAUUGGCGCGGCAAUUGUGCGUAAUCUUGCUAGCAAGGGAUGUAAUAUUAUCGUGAAUCAUGCUACGGCGUCGUCCGACCAAGCAGCUUCGGAACUCUGCGAGGAGCUAGAGGUAGCUCAUGGUGUCAAGGCUAUAUGGGUUCGGGCAGAUAUCAGCAAGAGAGAAGAAUGUGACAAUAUCGUCAAAGCAGCCAAGACACACUUCGCAAACCCUGAGACGGGCAAGCUGCAAAUUGAUAUUAUCAUCCACAAUGCUGGUAUUGGGAUAGUUGGACCGCUUGAAGAUGUGGUUGAAGAAGAUUUUCAGCGUAUGUAUGCUGUCAACGUGAUGGGGCCUAUACUUCUAACGAGUGCUUCCUUACCAUACCUACCAACGGAUCGAUCAGGGCGGAUUGUGAUGAUGUCCAGUGUCAAUUCCAAGGUUGGCACCCGGCACACUUCUCUAUAUUCCGGUACCAAAGGUGCAUUAGAAGCUAUGGCACGCGUCUGGUGUCACGAGCUUGCCGAGCGUGCUACAGUCAAUACUAUCAACCCCGGGGCCGUCAUGACGGACAUGUACCUUUCCGCCUCAGAUGCUAUGAAGGACCGUGUGGCCGUCUUUAAUUCCGGUGCACCAUUAGUAGCACUACGGCCGUGUGACACGCCAGAGGUACGAAAGAUUGGGGAACGCUUCGGUGGUCGUGCUGCCUACGAUUAUGAGAUUGCUGGUAUGGUAGCUAUUCUAUGCAGCCCAGAGGCUGGGUGGUGUACGGGCAGUAUUAUCAGUGCCAACGGGGGUGUGUCUUUCAGUUACUGA